GUGCCUGUCUCUGUAUUAACACACCCACAGCUUGACAGGAAAUAGAAACCGUUUCCUCCAUUUGUCAGUGAAAUAUUUUAGACGAACAAUGAAUACCAAAGGCAGUGUUGUAGUCUUAUUUCUCUGUUUUCUGUCUAUAUUUCCCUUAACAAACUGCAGCACAUGUGACAUUAAUAUAUAUGAAGGACAGAGUGUCAGCUUUGAACUGGCUCAACCACUUUUGCCUGAUUACCGAUUCACUAUUAAAAAAAGCAAAACAGUGUUAGUCUCCAAAAGGACUAGGAUCCAAGAAGGAAAAGGGAAAGUGGUAAAUGACUCCUUAAAGUUAGAGUUCCAUGAACUGAAACUGAAUGUGUCUGAUAAGGAAUCAUACACUGUUGAGGUUUUUGAUGCACAAGGCAAGAACAAAAAAUCAUACACAAAAACCGUCUGUGUUUAUGCAAAAGUCCCAAAGCCAAGGGUGAAUGUUACAUGUCAGGAUGGGAAGAUUACCUUUAUAUGUGAUGUUGAAUACAAUAAAGAGCUAUCUUUCACCUGGAAAAAAAAUGGGAAUGAUUUGAAGAAUGAAGCAAAAGAUUUAUCAAAUGUUGAGGCGGACAAUUCGAAGUAUACAUGUACUGCCAAGAAUCCAGUUGAUAACAAUACAAGUGAUUCAGUAGAAGCAUCAUGUUACCAGAUCACACUCUUUGGCUUUGACCUUUGGAUCAUGGUGAGCAUCUUAGCUGGUGGAGGAACUCUCGUCCUGCUAUUGAUUAUUGUGCUGGUGACACUUUCCUGCCGUUCCUGUAAACGCAAAGAGAAACAUCAGCGAGAUGAAGAAGAGUUCAGACUGAACUACCUCAGCUCUAGUCAACCUCCUCAAAAAGGAAAGCAAACAGCAAGAGGUCAGCCGGCGCCUCCGGAGCCUAUCAACAACGGUUUUGCAGAUGACGAAUCUCAAGCCCCAUGUCAGGCUGUACCACGACCCAGGAACCAGCAACGGGGUCGACCUCCACCGCCUCCAAUUGAUGAUGGUGAGGAACCCCCUCCACCAUUACCCCAACCAAGGAAAAAGGCACACGUCAAAAAGCAAGCUCCAAUGUGAUGAAGAAGCGAGUACACCGGUCAGUGAAAUAAUCAAAUGAAGCUGAUAUCUGUACAGUAUGUAUGUAUGAAUGAGAGGACAUGCAUACAUACAUGCAUAAUUGUAUUUUAUAGAAUAUUGUUAGUGCAUUUACAUGUAUAAAUAUUUAAAUUAGAAAUCUGUCUAUCCGGUACUUUUUAGUGAAUAAAAAAAACCCUUUGUAAGAUAAUGAAGAAAAAAACUCAACAACAAAAAAAAAAAAAAAAAAAAAAAAAAAAAGAAAAGAAAUCCUUACUAGUAAUGAGAAAGUUUAUAGUAAGAUAAAGAUUUUUCUAGAAGGAUUUGGCACUUCUAAAUAGAAAAUAGUCCUGAGUCUGAAUAGUCCUGAAGAUUUAUGUGUAAUUCUUGAUUUAACACGAACAUAAAGCAAGCAAAACUAAAAAUAAACUCAAAAUCACUUUUUUUUAAUUUAAGAAACCACAAGCCUUUGUGUUGUCCUCACACUGCAGUGCCUAAAGAAACCACCCCAUGAUGUUGUUUUUUUAACAGCUUGACUAUUCUGCUGCUUUCCUUUUAAAGUACUCAAAACCACAGUCCAUGAAAUGCAAGUAGACAAAAUGCUGCAAGAGUUUCAAGAGUGUCAAUACAGAGCAACUUUCACGUCACUCCUUCAGACUCAAUGAUUGGCUAUUUCAUUUUAGAGCUUAUUUAAAAAUUUGAUUUAGUUUACAGAAUGCAUAUAAAGCAGUCAGUAGAUUUGUACCUCCAUACAUGGCUAGUUAACUUUAUUCCAAUUUGGUUUAAACUUUUAAGGUCAAACGUUUGCUUUGUUGCCACACGCGGGCUUUGUUGCUUGCUCAAGUAAAAACCUCCGAAGCAGCUUUCUGUCACUCUGUAACUAAUGUGUAUAUAACUUACUGUAAAUGAUCGAUAUCCAGCCGAAGAAUAUCUUUAAUCGUUUUCAAAGUGAACUUAAUAUCAUUAGCAUUUUAAUAUCAUUGUUCAGUCUUCGUUUUUUUUUCUUUUUAUUUAUAAUGUUAUAUUUCUUUAUUUUCCUUAAUUGUUUUUUUUUAUUGUUUUUGUUUGAUAUGCUUUUUUUUUAUUAAUAUGUUUAUAUACAACCCUCAUAUUUUACAGAGAUCGUCUAAUUUUUGUGGAUUUACUCAUCUUACUUGAACCGAGCUGUUUCCUGAUUCAUUAACUGUUUCAUUAUGGAACAAAUGACUGAUAGUGAGUUGACAGAUUUUUACAGAAAUGCAACUAACAUGUUUACUUGGUUUUUGCACGUCCCACAUGCUACAUCUUUCUUAAAAGCAUAAAGCACCAAAAACCAUUGCUUGACGCCUACUCAGCCGUUCUCAUCAUUGCCUGCAUAUUUCCUGUGUGUAGAAGCUAUAUGAAAAUGAAGGAGGAUUUUUUUAAGCAGCAGUAGUGAUAUCUCCUUAAAGCCAUAUUUACUGACUGUUAGAGCGUUGUAUGUUGUGGUUGUGUAUUUCUAAAUUUUCUGCUUUUAUUUUGUUAUGUUGUACAUUGAUUCUGAAUGAUAUACUGUAUAACUUUGUUUCCCUGUAGUUAUCAUAGCUCAGUGAGUCGUUUUUAUUAAAAGUUAUAGAACAACUGUAUAGGCCAUCAUCGCCCAUACCUGGUAAUUAUAAAUAAAUUAAAAAAUAGCGUGAAAUCUA